AUGAAUCGUUUUGCGCCAGCGUUGCAACUUCAGUUCAGUUGUUCUGUUCAACGGUCAUCACUCACAAUGGAUCUGUACUAUGCUGCACAUUCACCUCCUUGUUGGUCGGUCAUAUUACUAGCCCGACAGUUGGACUUCAAUCUCAACCUAAAACCAAUCGAUACUACUGCCGGGGAGCACAAAACAGAGCAUUUUCUUAAGAUCAAUCCGACCCAUACGAUUCCUACGCUGGCAGUAGACGAUGAGUAUGCCUUAAGUGAAUCCCGAGCCAUUUUAGUCUAUCUGAUUGAAUCGCAAACCGAUGGUAACCACCCGCUGUAUCCGAAGGACGCCAAGACGCGUGGUCUCAUCCACAACCGUUUAGAUUUCGAUUUGGGAACCUUCUACAAACGAGCCUUCGACUACUUCAUGCCCCUGUUCAGGACUGGUUCGUUGGGUCCCGAAGAAAACAGCGCCAAGUUGGAUGAAGCCUUUGGUUUCUUGGAAGCUUUCCUAGGUAAAACCCGGUAUGUGGCCGCCGAUCACCUUACGAUUGCGGACAUUUCGCUGGUAACUACUGUGAGUACGUUGGACAUAUGCUAUUUCGACCGUUCAAAGUUUGACAAGGUGGCCGCUUGGCAUGACGCUUGCAAGAAGGAGCUCGUUGGAUACGAAGAUGUCGUCGGAAAAAGUUUUGCGGGGUGGAGGAAGAUUUUGAAGAAACCAGAAUAAAAUGCGAAAAAGAUUAGGUACCUAUUGUAGCAGAUAAGUUUAAAGAUUUCAAAAAUCGAAAUUCAGGUAAAUAAAUUUCUAAAUUUUAAACAAA